AUGAAACCUCAGAUCUUGUUGAUCUUUCUUGCUUCGAUACUCACGGCCUUGGAGCUAAUUACAAACUACGACGACACAAUCGCAUUUCUUCAUGAUUCAGUUCUCAAGGCAGAAGAAACAUCUCCGGAAUCCGAAGCGCAAGCCGAGGCUGGUCUACGCCUUUUGUAUGAAAGAUGCAUAAGUCAACUCUUGCAGACUGACGAAGUAUGCGCCAAGAGGAUUGCAAAGACGUGGAAAGACGCGAUCAACACAACUACAGAGGAUAAGGACGUGGACUUUAAGUCAAUCAAAGACUACUUGGAGUUUCGCAUGAUUGAUACUGGUGCACAGUUCGUCGAGGCCCUCAUGCUUUUUGGAUUGGGCAUGACGCUCUCACCGCAACAAGAUGCUAAUCUUGCACACAUCAUUCGGCCAUGUUUCGCCGCUUUGGCGUUGACAAAUGACUAUUUCUCAUUUGAUCGAGAGAUGGAAGAAGUUGAUACUUCUACUCUUAUCAACUCGGUUGCCAUCGUAAUGCGAAUUCAGAAUCUGGAUAUUCCCACCGCCAAGACAACUAUCAAUGAGACUAUACAGAAGUACGAGCGAGAGUUUCUCCGACGCCUUGAUCAGUACAAGCAGCAUAAAGGGCCAGUCACCGAUAACAUUGAGCAAUACAUGGAAGCUAUGACUUAUCAAUUCAGUGGUAAUUUAGUCUGGAGUUUGAAUUGUCCUAGAUAUAAUCCUGAAUAUCGGUACGGACUGGAGGCUUGUCAGCAUUAG